AUGAACGAAUUCGAAUACAGCCUCCGUUCCCGUGAUGAAGGCAGCGGCAGUAGGGGUGGCCUUGACAAUGGUGAUAUUAUUGCCAUAGUCGAAAUCUUUGCGUCUGUUAUCGCGACAGUUUUUGGCGUGUGGCUUCUUGAUAAACUUCGGAAGAGAUGCGGAAGGUCAGCAGCGCAUGAAGGUCUCGAAGCAAAUCAUAAUCAGAACCCAUCAUCUCACGAGCCCUGUUCAGCCUCAGUUCGCCCCCGACAAGACCUGGAACCUUCGACUACACAACAAAUAACACGGGCAACGAUGAUGAUGGCCAUAUCGGUGCCCGAGGUGAACGGAUCCCCAUUGCGCCCGCGAGCAGCCCUGGACCACCCGCUUGAGGCUGGAAAUAUAAACAGGCCGAAACGAGCCUAUACCUGGACUGCAGACAAAACAAAACAUUGA